AUGUCCGAAAUUCGUGCGUUACGAUCGGUUGGUCUGUGUGACCAUUGGUCAUGUGAACAGACCACACGAGUACUAGUGUACGGACAAAUACUUGUUCCUAAGCGCACCCAUUGGGGAAUUGUGGGUGGACCGGCUGUACUAGAAGGCAAUGAGGCGCGGAACUCACUUUGCGAGAAUGCAGAUUCAAAAAGAAACGUGAAAAUUCAGAUGCGUCCAACGUGCGUUGGUGGAGUAGUGGUUACACGCUCGCUUCGCAUGUCAGAUGUCCGGGGUUCGAAACCAGGCACGGCCACUGGAUAUGCACUGCUGAUGAGCUCUAACAAGAACGAAACUCGAGUCCAAGAUGAGAUACCUGCGGUUUCGUCAAUUCUAUCAACACAUGAAGCACCAAGUGAAUCAGAUAGACGUUUACUUGGACAGCAACAGCUCGGUUCAAAUAAAUCUGAGGAGCAUCGGAUGCGGCCUUUACAAGAGCCGCUUACGGAACAUCGGGUGGAAUUCUCCCCGAUGGCUGGCUCCGGGCGCCUUAAAGAACAAACUACUUAUUUGUUUGUUAAAAUGUGGAGAGGUUCGACACAGAAAGCUGGACAUGGGAUGAGUAAGGGCCCAGUCCCUCCGAGUAUGCAGUAUGGGAAAGAUGAAAUAAUUGUGAUAAAUACGAAGGAUGGGACGAAAUUGGCAUCUGCACGUAAUCGCAUCCGCUCUGCUUCGGCUUUACCUCGGGCUUGGAUGGCCACAGCGGUAGCUUGGCCACGAACUCUGAUCCCGUCGGCUUCGGCCUGUGCAAUGAGGACCUUCCGGGCUCUAUUGUGUAUGAGAAAGGUGAACAUAUUUCCCGAGUCGAGUUGGCGAUUUGGGUGUCAGCUGCGUAGCGAACGUCCAGACGAGCACGAUCACAUUCGGCCUCCUGGAGUUGGGAAAGAUAUGUGUCAGUUAAACUGCGUCGGCCAUACACUAAUAGUGACCACCCAAGCGUUCAACCAUUUCCAACAUCGCAAGGCUGUGGAUAAGUCCAUGGGUGUGGAGGAAUACCAUGGUGGACACCGGGUAAGAGAGAAUUCACUUGAGUAG